AUGAACAUGCACAGGAAACAUCUUCAGGAGAUCUCGGCUUCCAGCAGGAACGCAUCUAACCUCAUGUGGUGCUGGGACUCCAACAAGCCGUCUGACCUUUUCUCCGGAAUGGGGGUGACCCCUAUGGAAAAGGAUUUGCAAGAGACAGAAAAUACCCCUCAGGACUAUAUUGUGAAAGCCACUCCACCCCAGAAACGGCAGAGGCCGAGGGAUCGGGACGAGUGCUUUGUGAUUGCACGGCGGCCCCGGGUGGCCAGACCUGCUCAGUCAGUCAUCUCCUGGGACGCAUUGCCUGAUGAGUUGCUGUUGGGCAUCUUUAACUAUCUGCAUCUCAUUGAUCUUCUGAGAGCUUCCCGGGUCUGCAAGCGAUGGCAGCGGCUUUUAACUGACGAGUCCCUGUGGCACAGCCUGGAUCUUACUGGCAAACACGUGGCAGAUGGAGUCAUCGGUAGGGUAUUGUCUCUGGGAGUGGUUCUAUUUCGGUGCCCCAGAUCCUGCAUUGGAGAGCCAAUGUUUACAAAGACUAGACCUCUGCGCCUGCAUCACAUGGACCUUUCUAAUUGUACAAUAAGUGUGGGUGCUCUUCAGAGUAUCCUCUCCCGCUGUUUUAAACUGCAGAACCUGAGCUUGGAAGGACUGGUACUCUCCGACAAGAUCAUCAGCUCUGUUUCACAGAAUGAAGAUCUGCUCCGAUUAAACAUUGGCGGCUGCUCAGGGUUCAGUUCGGAAUCGCUCUCGGAAAUGUUAAGCAACUGUUCUAGGUUGGAUGAACUGAACUUGUCCUGGUGUGAUUUUACAGCAGAUCAUGUGAAGAGUGCUGUGGGACACCUGCCAGGCAGUCUAACCCAAUUCAAUUUCAGCGGCUACCGGCAGAACCUGGAGCUCUCUGAUGUGAAGACUCUUGUGACCCGAUGCCCUGAAUUAACAGACUUGGACUUAAGCGACAGUGUGAUGCUGACCCCCGACUGCUUCCCAGUUUUGCAGCAGCUCCUCCAUCUCCAGCACCUUGGCCUGAGCCGCUGUUAUCAGAUCUGCCCUUCUACUCUGCUGGAGUUUGGAAAGAAGACCCUGCUAAAGAGUCUGAGUGUAUUUGGCAUUGUGUCUGAAGGCUCCGUGCAGAUCCUGAAGGAUUCCCUCCCGCACAUAAAGAUAAACUGCUCGUACUUCAGCACCAUCGGCCGACCCACUUCAGGAAUCCGAAAGAGCCGGGAAAUGUGGGGCAUGAAAUGCAAACUGACACUGAACUAUAAGGACUACUUGUGA